CACAUGGUCCCAGCCGCCCCCAAAAUAACCCGCCAGCGACAUGCUGACAAAUGUUGCUACUUUUACUGGUGACAAGUUGCCUCUGCUGCUUGGCGCCAUAUUUUCGGUAAACUCCAAGGUUAGCUCUCAGCACAGGGAAACACCGCGCAGGAAAACGCAACAGACAGAGGUACGGACCCCAUUCCCCGUCGGCCGUGUCCCUCGGGAGGCCUGGAGGAGUGACCCCCCCCCGUCCCGGAGGGGCGCUUCGGAGCUCAGCUGAAGGAUGCAAGGAAACAGCCUGGAAUCUUCCAGUUCAUCACCUCGGCUUCGUCGAGAGGGCUGUCUGGCCGAGUCAGGAGUCCAGCAGAGGCAACGUGAGAUGAAUCAUUCAGAUGGAGCUCAGCACCUCCUCUAUGGGAGGUCUGAAGACAUGGGGGUGCAGGAUCAAUCCCCAGACCUCUCAGCUUUCCUGAGUGAAGAAGAAUUGGACAAAAGUGUCAAUUUGGCACAGCAAGCCAUCAGUCAAGGUCCUCAAGAAGGGCGCGCUGAGGAGAAGGUGCCUUUGGUGAACUCCUCAAAGGCCUCAGCUUCCUCUGAGAAGAAGGGAACGUCGCAGACUCAGUCUGCACCACCAGAAAGGCAGAUACUCCACACAACGGGCCGAGAAAACGACAUCGUGAGGAAUAACAGGACCCAAAAGGAGCCCAUUCAGGAUGUCCGAAAACCGGUCCGCAACACCUCAUAUGGACCGGAAGCUCAGUCCAAGAAGGAGUUUCUGAACAAGGCAGCUGACUUCAUAGAAGAAUUGUCAUCGCUUUUUAAGGCUAAUAGCUCCAAGAGGAUCAGGCCGAGAGCUUGCAAGGCGCAUCGGAGCAGGUGCCAGACUAAGGCCCAGCCGGAUGAGGCGGCCUUUGCUUUCACUGCGGAAGACAGGGAGAGACCUGUGUCCACUUAUGCCAGCGAGCCGCCUGUACACAUGCUGUCUCCCCUGGAGGUGGCAGCAGUGAGUCUUAUUCAACAUGACACUCAGCAAGAUCAGUGUGAUACUGGACUACCAGAGAGCAAUGCAAGUAUGUCCGUGCCGUCGCUGCCGCAGAAGGCUGCGGAGCCUGUCAUGGAGCCGCCAUGCUUCCUGCAGAAGCUGAAGAGCAGGGAGGUUCCCGAGGGCAGCAAAGUGCAACUUGACUGCAUCGUGAGGGGAUGUCCGGCCCCCGAAGUCAGGUGGUUCUGCGAGGGCAAGGAGCUCGAGAGCAGCCCAGACAUCCUGAUCUCAAGUGAGGGCGAGCUGCACUCCCUCAUCAUUACAGAGGCCUUUGAGGAGGACACCGGCCGCUACUCCUGCUUCGCCUCCAACGUCUACGGCACCGACUCCACGUCGGCGGAGAUCUACAUAGAAGGGGCGUCGUCUUCUGACUCAGACGGGGAUCACCGCCCUGAGCACGCCACACAACCACAGAGAAAGCCAUCACAGUCCAUAUCGGCAGCCCCCCCGCCCUCCAGGGCUCCCCCAGCUCGUGAGGAAGACCCCCCCUCCGUCACACCAUCCACCACCCCCUUCACUGUGCAGUUGCCUGUGCAGGACAUCUCCAGUCCCCCACCAGCACAGAUGGUCAACCCCCCGACUCCUUUACAGGAGAAUCAAAACGCUGUUAGCUGCCCACAAAGUCUGGACGGAAUGGUUCCAGUGAGCGCUCCAGUCUUUACAAAGAACCUGCAGGACAUCAUUGCCUCCGAGGGCCAGCUGGUGGUGCUGGAAUGCCGUGUGAAGGGGAUUCCCUCCCCCCAGGUGGAGUGGUGCAGAGAAGGGACCACGGUGGACGACUCCCCCGAUUUCAGGAUCCUCCAGAAGAAGCCGAGGUUCAUGGCCGAAUCAGAGGAGAUUUGCACCCUGGUCAUAGCUGAAGUCUUCCCGGAAGAUUCUGGAACAUUCACCUGCACGGCAAAAAACAAAUACGGCUCAGUGUCGAGUGUCGCUUACCUGCAGGUGAAGGGUUAUGAAGACAGCGGCAAAGACAGAGUCGCUGUGCCGGGAGAAUCCGCUCAGCGGGUCAGAACCGGCCCCGUAUCUCGGGAUGCCAGCAGCCUGAAGGUCCCUGCAGAUGUAGCUUCGAUGGGUCAGAGCUCUGAGAGAGAUGCGCUCACCUUCAGCACGAUGCCCGUGGCCGAAGGGACGUUUAUUCAUCAAAAUGAGCCACACCCAGCAAUCACCAGCACCGACCCUUUUACUUUAAGCUUAAACUCAAGGUUGGAGGAUGGGAAUGUCAAUCAUAAUAAGCCCCUCCCCAGGCUGGAAGAUAUCAAUGUCAAUCAUAACAAGCCCCUCCCCAGGCUGGAGGAUAUCAAUGUCAAUCAUAACAAGCCCCUCCCCAGAUUGGAGGAUAUAAAUGUCAAUCAUAACAAGCCCCUCCCCAGGCUGGAGGAUAUCAAUGUCAAUCAUAACAAGCCCCUCCCCAGGCUGGAAGAUAUCAAUGUCAAUCAUAACAAGCCCCUCCCCAGAUUGGAGGAUAUAAAUGUCAAUCAUAACAAGCCCCUCCCCAGGCUGGAGGAUAUCAAUGUCAAUCAUAACAAGCCCCCCCCCAGAUUGGAGGAUAUGAAUGUCAAUCAUAACAAGCCCCUCCCUAGGCUGGAGGACAUGAAUGUCAAUCAUAACAAGCCCCUCCCCAAGUUGGAGGACAUGAAUGUCAAUCAUAACAAGCCCCUCCCCUGGCUGGAAGGCUCCCAUACCCAUCAUAACGAGCUCCUCCCCAGGGCUGAGGGGGGGCUUCUUCACCACCACAACUCGCCAUCCAGCUUCCUCCCGCCAGACGUCUUCAGUCAGCACACCCUGGCCCAUCCCAGCGAGCCCUUCUGCAGAAGCCUCCCACCCAGCUCUGUGACUGCUCAGCGACCCCCCUGGCCGGGCGUUAGCCCCCAGGAGCUCGCCGCCAGCCCAAAGCCCAGACCGCAGGCAGCCCCGACUGACCAGGCUGAGCCCUGGCUCCCCCCCUCGGCUGCAGACGCCCCCAGCUCCUGCCUGAAGCCCCGGCUGCUGAACCAGAGCGAGUCGCGCACCAACUCGCGCACAGGCCUGCGAGUGCACUUCAAGCUCCCCGAGGACGAGCCGGACAGCCCCCCCCCGGAGGACCCCCAUCCUGCCCCAGAGGCGUCUGCAGACUCCUCGCCGACGACGGCUCGCAAAGACCCCCCUGCGGUGCGGGCCAAACCUAGACUGGACCCUGCCCAGCUUCAGAUCCUCCAUAACCAGGUUCUCCUCGAGCAAAAGCAGGACUCCACCCCCCAGAGCAUCCCCGAUCCCACACCCUGUUCUCCCCCAUCCCACCAUGAGCCUCGGCACGACCCAGUGAAUCUUCCCAUCACCCAGGAACCUGUGACCCCCGGAGCCCCCGCCAGUGCAGCAAACAUGGCGCAAGGCUUCAGCUACACCAGGCCCAAGGAGUUCAUUGCCGCCCAGACACAGCCCCCAUUCCAGAGUCUGUCCACCCCUGAGUCCCCUGUCCCCAUGCUCAAUGCCCUGGCUGCACAGAUCCAGCUGAACCUGGCUGUGGAUUCCGGGCUCCCACCCCUCUCCCCGACAUCCAAUCAGCAUGCAAUGUUCCCAAGGCAGUUUCCCACCCGGGUCCUGCAGUCCCCGUCCAGCCCACCAACGUUCCUGUCCUCACCUGUCCUCAAGCCCCCUGCCCCGGCCAUACGUGCCCAAUCUCCCCCCCAGGUGUCCUCACCCAUCUACAAGCCCCCUGCCCCAGCCAUACGUGCCCAGUCUCCCCCCCAGGUGUCCUCGCCUACCUCAAGCUGCUCCAGUCCCAGCCCCAUCCAGGACCCUGUGGCCUUCCUCAGCUCUGUGCUGCCCUCACUGCCCACGUCCCCCCCCACCAACGAGAUGGGGCUACCCAAGAGCGCCCCUGUCCUGUCACCUCAGGGCCUGCUGCGGAGGCUGUCCAGACCACCUCACUCUGUGUCAGAUGACGACAUCCGUGACGGCAAAGAAACCGUGCUGAAUGACCUGGAGAGGAAGCUGCGGCUGAGGGAGCAGCACGGUCGAAGCGGGCAGCAGAGGCUGACUUAUGAAGGGAAAGCCAGACUGCUUGGACCAAACAAUCCUGCAGCUGUCAUUAACUAUGACGAGGAAUACAAGGUGUCCAACUUUGAGCAGAGGCUCAUGAGCGAGAUCGAGUUCCGGCUAGAGCGAACGCCAGUCGAGGAGUCCGAUGACGAGGUCCAUCACGACGAGAUCCCCACGGGCAAGUGCAUUGCCCCCAUAUUCGACAAGAAGCUGAAGAACUUCCGGGCCAUGGAGGGCGUCCCGCUGGCAUUCACCUGCAAAGUCGUGGGGAUCCCCAUCCCGAAGGUCUAUUGGUUUAAGGAUGGAAAACAGAUAUUAAAGAAAAAUGAACACUAUAAGAGAGUGAGAGAGGGCGAUGGCACCUGUUCCUUGCAAAUUGAGGCUGUCACCAGCGAUGAUGAUGGCAACUACACAGUCAUGGCUGCAAAUCCUCAGGGGAGGAGCAGCUGUUCUGGCCACCUGAUUGUUCAGACUGGUCCAGUCCGGCGUCGACUCACACCAAUGAUUCAUACUCAAAGAGUUAAUUCCCGAUCACAAGAAGCAGAGGAAGGUGAGCCCAUUCAGGAGAGGUUUUUUCAGCCUCACUUCCUGCAAGUCCCUGGAGAUAUGGUGGCUCAUGAAGGGAAACUCUGCAGGCUGGAUUGCAAGGUGAGUGGGUUACCAAACCCAGAGCUGAUGUGGCUUCGCAACGGGCGGCCGAUGGUGCCAGAUCUGAGGCACAGGAUGCUGGUGCGGGAGAAUGGGGUCCAUUCGCUGCUCAUCGACCCGCUGACCAAGGGCGAUGCCGGCACCUUCACCUGCAUCGCCACCAACAAAGCAGGACAGAAUUCCUUCUCUCUGGAAUUAACCGUUAUGGAGAAGGAAGUGAGGAAGGUCCCCAUGUUCUUGGAGAGGUUCCAGAAUAUCGGCAUUGCUGAGGGGAUGCCGGUCAGACUGGAGUGCAGGGUGGCGGGGGUGCCCCCGCCCGUCAUUUACUGGAAGAAGGAUAACGAAAGCAUCCUCCCUAACAGAGAGAGGAUGAGCAUGCACCAGGAUGCCACAGGAUAUGUUUGCCUGCUGAUUCAGCCAACCAGGAAAGAGGAUGCUGGUUGGUACACGGUAUCAGCUAAAAAUGAAGCAGGGAUAGGCUCAUGCACAGCCAGGCUAGACAUAUAUGCCCAGUGGCACCAGCAGAUCCCACCCCCCAUGAGGAAAGCCCGGCCCCCGAGUAGUCGCUAUGCUGCCCUGGUUGGCCAGGGCCUUGACGUCAUGUCCGCCUUCCCCAACGCAGACAACAGUCCCAUCCUGUUCUCCAGCUCGCCUGUGGAAGCCGCCCUGGAGAGUGAGGAACUGUAGAAGGCAGCAGGAGGUCCCUUGAAUCUGCAGCUUCUGUGACCCCCCCCCUCAAUCCAAUCUCCCCCCCCCCCCCCCCAUCCUGGCCUACAUCUUGGUAAAAGCAUAUGCAGCAUCAUCGCCAGAAGGGCUGUGUGUUAAAUAUUUUUUAAUAGUUGUUCUUUUUCCCACCCUCUCCUACCCCGGGAGUUAUUACUCAUCAGUAGCGAAAUCCGCACCUCUGUCCUUUUUGACAGAAGAAGCAUUUAAUGUUCACAGUGGGGCAGAUUUUUCAGAUCAAAUGAAAUCUUUACGUACAUCAAAUGGUGCACAUUUCGCUGUUGAUAAAUCAGGCCCAGGGUUCAACAAGUGAAAUGGUGUCCCGUUCAUUCUCUGUCACUCGCUCUGAUUAUGUGGCAGGAAUGGUUUUUAUCUUGCUUUUACAGCUAAGCUCUUUACAAGAUCUUUGUUUUGUCUAGUUAACGCUAGAAAUGUGCCCUAAAAGUUACUGAUUAAAGCAAGCAAAGUACACAAAACUCAAGCUAUAUUAAUCUUAUCUGUGAGACUAGGCUUGCCGCUCAAAAUGCUGCAAACAUCAGUAAAUCUAUUUUAUUUACUGAGUGGAUUAAAAAUCUCCUGAAGGUGUUACCAUAUUAAAAUAUUAAAAGAUUGAGUCAAUUAUACUUAGAAUACUGACUCGGUUUUAUUAGAAUAUUGACUCGCUUAGAAUAUUGAUUCAGUUAUACAGUACUCAGAAUACUGACUCAGUUAUACUCAUCGCCAGCCACGGGCAUGAUUCGCCUGAGAAGCCAAUCAGGGAAAUCACAAACAUUAGUACCUACUCAUUUAGACACCUGAUUACAGGUGUGUGCAGGUUGUGAAACAGUGAUCCAGUGAUUGCCAAUACAGCAGUGAGAUGAUUGUAAUUCACUGAUCACUUUCACUCUUGCAUGAAAUACUUCGGAAAUGAUUUUCUCUUCUCUGUUUUUGCCGGUAGUUCCAGCUCUGACCCUGGUAGUGGGCAGGGCGUGUGCACAUUAGGUCAUUAGGUGUGAUCUCCUGCUGCUCGUUCCUGUGUGUAGAUAUGAAUUCAGUCCCAAAUGUUCUACUUAAAGUUUUUACUUGGACUGUUUAUUACGGUUUUUCACAGUGCUUUCAAGGACUUGUGUCUAUGGUCUGAUAUCCUGCAGUUUUGUAAACUAUAUUUUAGCACAUUGAUUUAAAUAUAAGACCUAAACAAGGUAUCGGUUAGAGGGAGGAACAUUAACUCUUUUUAAAUAUACACACAUUUCGUGAUGCAUUAUGAUGACAGCAAUGCAAAUAUUUAAUUGUAAAGUUGCACCAAACCGAACACUUUUACUGUGAAUAAAGUUAUUGUAUUUAUUCAACCAAA